AUUAUAUAAACAAACCCUAAACCAUGCUGAAACAAUAGCGACAUUAAGUUAGAUCUACAUGGCCAGUGGCGUGACUACAGUGGACUGCGAGAAACAAGUUAGAUCAUGGAGGCUGAUACGUUCUCUCAUGCAACUAUUAAUCCCCACAUGUAACUGCGCCACCAUUAUAGAAGACGGCCAAGAUGUAACAACAACAACAAACGAGACCCUCCGAAACACAAGCAAAUAUACUUAUUCACCUUCAUCGUCACUGAUGAGCUCCACCACCAAUAUCACAGGCACGAUCUUCGGAUACCGCAGAGGAAAAGUGAGCUUCUGCAUUCAGGCAAACGCCAACUCCACCAACCCAAUUCUCCUCCUAGAGUUGGCAGUUCCAACAACCAUCUUGGCCAAGGAAAUGAGAGGAGGAACCCUAAGAAUCGCCCUAGAGAGCGGCAACGACGACGAUGACGGCGACGGCGACGGCCAAGUAGACACACUUUUGUCCACGCCUUUGUGGACUAUGUACUGCAAUGGGAGGAAGGUGGGGUAUGCCGUUAAGCGCAGGCCCUCCAACACUGAUUUCGAAGCGCUGAGGUUGAUGCGUUCGGUGGUUGUCGGAACCGGGGUUAUGAAGUGCAAAGAGUUAGUGAACAAAGAAGAUGAUCAACUUAUGUACCUUAGAGCUAGCUUUCAGAGGGUUCGUGGCUCAGACAACUGUGAAUCUUUCCACUUGAUUGAUCCAGAGGGAGACAUUGAUCAGGAACUCAGUGUUUUCUUUUUUAGGUCCAGGUGAACUUUUGUUUUAUUUUUAUUUUUCCACCACUUUUCCUUAGCUUUUUGAGCUGUGCUUAAUCAUUCUGGUCAACCAGACCAGAGCUGUUAGCAUGGCUUUAAUCGUCCUUCCAACUAUUUCAUUUUAUUCGCCCUCGUAGUUGUGUAGGACAUCGUGGCCAGAUUCUGAUGGUUUCGGAGGAGAACGGCAUGCUGAUACCGUUUUUGUUUUUUUUUUUUGCCUUUCCCUGAAAAUAUUAACUACUUGGUUUUACUUUUGUUGA